AUGUGCCCAUCUACUCUUCUUUCAGGGGCCUCUGCAGCCACCAUCAGUGAUCUCAACCGCUACAUGGACCAAGUGCUCGGAAACGAAAUGUUCCCUAUGAUACGACAGUACCAACUGGACCCUUUUCUGGUGACGCCUUACCAUACCAAACUGGGCGCGCCUGAAAAGCUAAGCGCAGAAAUGUACGCCGUCAACAUCACCGGUCUGAGACAUAUCCGGCGUCAAGGAGACUGUGUCAGGCCGAGAUCAUCGAGACCCUUUCAGACCAGCAUUAGAUGCAACGCAGUCAUCGAAGACGUUGCCGUGAGCGCCACUUCUGACCUGACCUAUAAAAGCAGCGCCAAAAUAAGCACGUACCGAGGCAUUGGAACCCGGGCCAGCUUUGCCGCCAUUCAUGUGCACAUCGAAGUAACGCACACGCUUAGUAAGCCGACAACGGUCAACACGACGUUGCUCAGCAUACCUAAACCUCGUCUCUUUUUCGACUUACCCAAGAACGCGCACCUGGACAGUGUAAUUCAGAACGGCUACGAGGAAGAACUCACUGGCCUCCUUCGGGUACCCCUCUCCGCGUUUUACCUUCCCAGCAUUGCUACCGCUUGCCGGACCGUACCCUUCCCGCAUCAGUGAGUAGUCCACGGCAGAAUGGACAUCUUUGUACUGAGAAGCCUGGUAGAGAGUUAGUAGCUACAGCUAUACAGUACAAACACCUGCGUCGUUCGAUUCGUUUGCAUUAGUCAGUUUACCUGCCUUCAUAAUGACGAAACACAUUAGUAAAAAAAAACUUGAUUAAGAAUUUGAAGAACUCUAAGCUGAAAGAAGUAUCGGCCAGGUGCGGCUUUCAUAAAAAGAAAACUAUCAAAGUAGAAAAAUGUUUCAAAACUCAACAAGUGCCAGAGGGAAUCAUAAGACAAGCAUGCAAAUAAACAAAUUACUUUCUCCUC